CUCGGUGUAUGUGUGUACAUUCACUUGUCGUGGGUAUGUAUACUCGGUGUAUGUGUGUAUAUUUACUUGUCAAAUACCGGUUUUAAGUAAGGAGAUUUAAACCUCUCACGAUGUACGUUAUACUUCCUUGUAAAUGUUGAGUCGCCACUACGCUCAAAUAUGUCGACGACAAAUUUAGUGAUCAACAGAUAUGUGUGUCUGAUCUUAUUCCUGAUAUUCAACACAACUAGAUCUGAAGCUAACGUAGCCUUAGUUAAGCCAGCUGAGCAGAGUAGCAAGCACGGACACGUUGAAUGGGUAGCAAGUAAGGCUGUGGAUGGCUGCACACAGACAACUAUAGCAUCUAACUGCUGUACACACACACAGAACAAUGGUCCAAAACAGUCCUGGUGGCGUGUAAACAUGGGUGACCUGAUGACAAUCAAUAGCAUCACUAUAUAUUACAGAGAUAAAUUCCAAAAACGUUUCGCCGGGUAUCAGCUCUACUUGUCUAACACCACCGAGAGCCCUACACAAGGUGUCCUUUGUUUUGAGGACAAGAGUGCUACCGAAGCUCAGGUACAGUUGUUGGUGACACAUCAGUGCCCGUAUGUAGCUCGGUACGUGACCGUCUACAACUAUAGAAACAACCCCAAACGGUACAGUUGGUAUGAUGAUUAUGCCGUUAUCGAGUUAUGUGAGGUGCAGGUAUUUGGAUGUCAAGUAGGGCAGUACGGUAAUGGUGACUGUAACAGCCAGUGCUCCGGAAACUGUUAUGGUGGUAACUGUAACUCCACAACCGGUUCCUGCUUUUACUGUUUUCCAGGAAAGUAUGGCGAUUACUGUAACAACGAUUGCUCCACGAAGUGUACAGACAUUACUUGUGAGAAGGACACCGGAUAUUGUUCUGGAUGUAAUGCAGGAUUCCGUGGCAACAAGUGUGAUCAGAGUUGUCCUGCUAACUGUGAAGACCAACUGUGUAUACAGAACUCUGGAGACUGUACAGGUGAAUGCGCAGCGGAUCGCCAAGAUAGACAAUUCCGUAAGUGUUGUAUACUUUCAGCAUGCGAUCCGGGAUUUUAUGGGAGUAGCUGUAACCAGAAAUGUUCUGGAAACUGUAAAGACAAAACUUGUGUACAAGGGAGUGGGUUAUGCAAAGACUGCGAAGACGGGUUUUUUGGUCCCGAAUGCAACCCCUGUUCGACUGGCUGUGUCAAUCCCACCUGCAACAAAUCAUUUGGAAAUUGUAGUCGAUGUAAUGCAGGAUUCCAUGGCAAUAAUUGUGAUCAGAGUUGUCCUGCUAACUGUGAAGACCAACUGUGUAUACAGAACUCUGGAGACUGUACAGGAUGUGAUCCUGGUUAUCACGGCAGUGAUUGUUAUCAGACAUGUUCGGCCAAUUGUGCUAACCAAACGUGUGAUCAGAACACUGGCCAAUGUACAGAAUGUAAGCCUGGUCUGUUUGGUCCUGACUGUACCCAGACCUGUCCAGUCGGUUGUCAGAACAAGUGUGACAGAAACACCGGAGAGUGUAAUGCCUGUGAAGUUGGAAAAUACGGAUUAAAAUGUGAUCGUAUUUGUUUAAGUCAAUGCCACAACGGGAAAUGCAAACAAAUAGAUGGCCACUGUGAAGAAUGUAUCCAAGGAUUUCAUGGCGACGACUGUUCUAAGACGUGCCAAGACAACUGUAAAAACAAGACUUGUCUUCAGGAGAAUGGGCACUGUUCAGGAUGCAAAGAUGGAUAUUUCACCGACCACUGUGAUAGGAGCUGUCCGUCCUCCUGUAUGACAGACGUUUGUGACAUGAUUACAGGUUUGUGUAUGGCCCCUGCACAGCCUACACAGCCAGGCAGUUUUAAUAUAUCUGCAGCGGGAAUAGGGAUCGGAUCUGGGGUGGUCAUUCUGGCUCUGGUGGUAUUGGUCAUCAUAUUGGUCAGACGUCUCUCAAGCAACAAAACCGACAAUAGGAAUUCCACACAUAUGACAGAUUUGUCUCAGUCUGUGAGGCGAGAAGAGUUACAGAAAAACACAGAUGGUACAUACGACGAAAUAGGAUCCCAUACCAUGAAACAACCUACCGAGACGAACAGAACCGAUGCAAAUUAUGAACAACUGAACCCUCGUGACAGAGAACCCACACAUAUCUAUAACACUGCCUAGACCGUUGUUUAGUAAAUGAGAGAACAAAUGUCAACAAAUAAGAUUUCAAUGACGACUCGAAAUUUACAAUUGUGACGUCAUAAUCCUCUGUGAUUUGUCAAAGUUUGAAACUAGAAUCGUUUUAAGAUUAGUUUGGCCGUAUCUUUAUGGAUGAAAAGCAAAAAGAAUAUCCUUUGUCAUGAUAGGCCAACCAUGUGCAUACAACGUAAGUUGUUUAAUUUUGUAAAACAUUCGGAAGAACUAUCAGGUCUUUUGACAACUUUAACGCAAACUAAAAUGACACGAUAACCAAUCUUAUCCCCUAUAGGGUAACGAUACACAUAAUACUAGGCCGGUCGUCAAUUCAAGACGAAAUGUUUGUUGCAUAAGAACCAAGUCUCCACAUGACACUGAUUCAAUAAUGCGUGUUUACAUUGGUAUUCAGUUGAUAUUAUAGCAUUCUACCGCUUUUGUAUUCACCUCGAUUUGGAUGUUAUAUGUUAAAGUAGUUAAUUGCCAAUUAACUCUUGUAGUAGGUAGUGGAUACGGCUAGUCAAAGUUCCUGUAUGCUUUUAUUAAUCGUCACUCAUAAAAGGAAUAACAAUCCGUUCUAGUAUUUACUGAAAUACUCUUGUGCAUACGCAUGUACUCAUUUGUUAAGCUUAAAGUAUAUGUUUUUCCACAUGACAUUUGCCUCAUAUUUUAAUCAUAUAAGGGAUUGAACGGCUAGGGCUUCAUGUUUAAUAUGGAUGUAACCGAUUUAUGAAACGCCGUUCAAUCCAUAUAUUUACGUUUUACCUAUAGAACAAUUUUUGAGUUUAUUUAUUUGUUCUUAAAUAACUUAUUCAUUUAUUGCGUUUUGUUAAUGCGUCGUCCUUUAAACGACAUUAACAGAAUAGCCCUAUUUUCAUCAAAUUGGCGCCAAUAAUUAACCGUAGUCAUUUGAGUGGUUGACGUAGGGGCAUUCUCCAUGUUAACCAAAGCGAAGCGACAAGACUUUCAUUAAACAAGGUUAAUCCAUGACGUCAUAAGUAAACCACGUGAUACGUCACGAGAGUUUUUGCUUUUAGACUCGAAUGAAAUGCAUUUCUGCUGAUAAUGUUCAUAUAGUUGGUUGCAGCGCCGGUGUAUAUAUGUGUUUACGAACAAAAUAUGUAAACCCUUGAUUUAUAUUGAUUCUAUUGAGAAACUUCGAUAUUUUGAGUCACGAUAAGGACCUAUCAAAACAUCUAAGUACAUAUGUUUAUGUAACAUAUACGUUUGGUCUCAUAAGAAUCCUUGUCCUUAUGUUUUCGUCAGGGUGUUUGUUCUAUGAAUUGUAAAUCGGACUGAUUAAUGAUAAAAUGUAAAGAUAUAUGCAGUGAUUUAGAGAGCUACGAAAUAUAAGCAUCUUAUUUCUUUAGUCGUUUUGUUUAGUAUUGAUAUACUGCUAUUCGCAAUGAUGUCCUACUUCAAUACGUCACGAGUUUGGUUUUUGUACGUGUGAUGCAAGGUAUCAUCAUCACCCCCACCUCUUUACAAAGUCAAACUUUUUGUUCAGGGGGUUCAGUAUAAUACUGUUCUGUAUAAGAACGAGCCAAGCAAAUAGUAAAACGCAGAUUCCCGUAGUACAUCACUACUUUGUUUUAGAAUAAAUCUGAACACUAUAUAAGAAAACAGAUGUUUCUCAUUAAAUCAAAUGU